GCGAAAGGAAGCGCAGAGUUCUUAGAGCAUAGUCUGCGCUUUUGUUGUUGCAAGACUGCCUGUAUACGUACUAUCAGAAUGCAGAUCGCUGGGUGGAUCUGCUUUGUCGCUUUGCUGACCGCGGCACAUGCGCAGAGUGGAAGCAAAGUCGACUACGGCAGGGGUGCCUACGCAUCCAGAUACCCAUCUGCGCAGGGCAAACCUAUCGUCAUUCACGCAUCAGUAGAUGACGUCGGCCCACACGUCGUCGAUCGAGGCGGCGACGUGCACGAUUUACCAGUAGACACGCAUGCGCCGGGAGCAGGGUUUGACGACCACGGCGACGGGAAGCUGCAAGCGGGAAGAUUUGACGACCGAGGAGGCGGCGGAGUCAUCCGGGGCAUUGACAGCAGUAGUGCGUUCGUAGGAAGAGACUUCGGUAAAGGUCCGCCAGCCGUCGGCGGGUUUGACCCAAGAAACCCGGAAGAUUUUGAUGACGGGAGAUUCGGUAGGCGGGUCGAUGGGUCAGUCGACGAUAUUCGACCACCCAUCGGUGGCUUCGAUGACCGGAGGGAUGGACCACUAGCAGGUAGAUUUGUUGGUCGCGUCGAUCAGCAAGGGCAGGGAGGAGGAUUUGAAGGGCGAGGGGGCGGAGUCAUCGUGGGUAUUGACAACAGUAGUCCAUUUGUGGGAAGAGAGUUCGGUCAAAGUCCACCAGCUGUCGGUGGCUUUAAUCCAGGAAAUCAGGGUAGAUUUGACGAUGGCAGGGAUAGACUUCCUGUAGGGGGAGGAUUUGACGAUGGCAGGGAUAGACUUCCUGUAGGGACAGGAUUUGAUGAUGACAGGGAUAGACUUCCUGUAGGGGGAAGAUUUGACGAUGACAGGGAUAGACUUCCUGUAGGAGGAAGAUUUGACGAUAACAGGGAUAGACUUCCUGUAGGAGGAAGAUUUGACAAUGACAGGGAUAGACUUCCUGUAGGAGGAAGAUUUGACGAUGACAGGGAUAGACUUCCUGUAGGAGGAAGAUUUGAUGAACGGGUUGAUGACCACGGAGUCAUUGAUCCACACACCGAUGAUCACGGAGUCAUAGAUCCACACAAAGAUGACCAUGGAGUCAUAGAUCCACAUGAUGGUGCCCAUGGUAAAGGGAGAGGGAGAGGAAGAGGAAGAGGAAGUGGAAGGGGAAGGUACGUCGUCGUGGUUGCUCGCAGUCGUGGCGGCAAGGGUUACAACAGCAGGCGAGUAUACCCCGUAUAUAGCACGGGUCGGUACAGGAACGUGAGUGGCUACAGCAGAAGCCCCAGCUACUACAACUACAGACGCAAUUACGGCAGCAGAAGCCCCAGCUACUACAAUUACAGACGCAACUACGGCAGCAGAAGCCCCAAACACGGCAAAAGACCUUACCAUAGUUAUCGACAUGGCUCCUCCGGUAGAUCGCGCUACGGUAACGGCUACCGCAGCAGGAAUUACUAUAAUAGAUAUAGCACGCCUUCUUCGAAUUACAGAUAUAGGCCCCACAGUCGGAGCGGCAGAUCCAGCUAUUAGGGUAGUGAUAGUGAUUGUGUGAAUGUCGUGAGUGUCGAUAAAAUUACGACCACAGUUUACUGUAGAAAUUCACUUUACAUGAGAAUAACGAGAUAAACGAUCACGCGAAUGAGAAUACAGAUGGUAUAUAUAUUUUAGCUUCCACGAGAAAACGGGUAUGAAUGUACUUUUUUGUAUCACGCGUAAAGGGAGUGAAAUAAUUCCCUAAUAUUACUGUGGUAUCACACGAUUUGUUUAUAUGGCGUUUCGUUUAUUUCUAUUGCAUUUAUAAAGAUUUUAGAAUAAUAAUGAUUCAGCUCACUACACAAUAGUACUUUUAAUAUAAUUGUCUCUUCGUCUACUGUUACCAUGCAAUUAUUUGUAUAAUAAAUUUGAACGGUAGCAACUUUA